AAUAAAACGAGUUGCAGACAGCCAUGAUAUGAGAUCAGAGGUGACCGAGAGGAGGACGUGUGAGAAAAUUAAAAGUCAACACUGGUGGAAUUACGCAAAUAAAGGAUCGGUGUAGGCUAAUCAGGGCACGAAGAUAACAUAGGAGGGCCAACAUACUGUUGCUUUUAGUUGAUAAUAAUUUCAAUAGAAAAUAGUCAUUGGUGUUAGUGCAUUUUCUAUGUUUGUACUGUGCCUUGGCAUGGUUUGGUCUUCGCCACUAGCGAUGGGAUUAUCUCACGUUAUAAUGUGCCUCUGUGUGGCAGGAGUAUGGUGUCAAUCAUCUGUGCCACCAACUGUUACACCUACAAUCCCACCCACCACUAACUCACCUCCCGCGAAUGUAGAAAAUGUCAAAGUGAUAGGGCAAAAUGAGACCAGUGUAACUCUGCAGUGGAGAACGGGUACCAAGUACACUUAUGAACUGAAGUUCCAAAAUGGGACAUCAUUGAUAAACACCACUGCAAAGACAGAUGUACUAGAGACACAGACAGUCUCCUCUCUCACUGCUGGGACAGAAUACAACUUCACUCUCUUCACUGUAGAAGGGGAUUACAGGAGCAGUGGAUAUAACUUUACAGCUGAUACUGCUCCCAUCGACGUAGCUCAUGUCAAUGUGACAGCGCAAGAUGAGACUAAUGUGACUCUGCAGUGGAACAAAGUGAAUGGGAACGGGAUCACUUAUGAGCUGUGGUUCAGCAAUGGUACUAAUACUACCAUCCCUGUAUCUGAUGUAGAUGAACCAGUGACGUACACAGUCUCACCUCUCAAUGCUGGGACAAAAUACAACUUCUUUCUCUUCACUGUGUUCAAAGUCGUACCAAGCAGGGGAUACAAUUUCUCCGCAAUCACCCGUCCCCUCAGUGUAGGUGGUGUCAAUGUGACAGGGCAAAGUGAGACCAGUAUAACUUUGCAGUGGAGCAAAGUGAGCGGCACAGGGAUCACUUAUGAGCUUCUGAACACCCCUAGGACUAAUGUUCCACUUGCACCCCUAGGACUACUGAACACCACUGUUCCACUUGCAUCUGAUGAAAGUGGAACAGUGACACACAUAGUGUCACCUCUCACUGCUGGGAUAAAAUAUGACUUCACUCUCUUCUCUGUGUUUGAAGAUGUCAGGAGUACUGUUGGAAGUCAAUUUUCUGCAGUCACUGCUCCCUUUAAUGUUGAGGCUGUCACUGUAACAGAGAAACACCGAUAUGAGACCAGUGUAACUCUGGAGUGGAAAAAGCCGGUGAAUGGAGUCUCUAGUUAUGUGCUGCAUUUCGACGAUAAGGAAAAUGAAGACAUUAAUAAUUCAGAAGAAAAAGUGACAGUUUCAGCACUCGAUCCUGGGAAAAGAUAUGCCUUCACCCUCUUCACUGUGUUUGAAGGCAUCAAGAGCAGUGGAGAAAGCGACUUCACAGUAACAAAAAUAUAUUGUCCUGCUUUACAAUGGGAGGUCACCAGCUCAUCCAUUCAGACUGUGCUCCAGUCCGAGAUAGUCUCCUAUGGAGAAGCCAAUAAUGGCAGUCAGACUGGAAAUCCCGUCUCCCCUGUUACUAAUCACACACUGUCAUUCACCCAGCUUUACCCUGGCGCAAAUUACACAGUGACUCUUUGGUUUAAAAAUGAUUCUAAAAACCUUCUCAUGUGUGAACAGAAUGAGACCGUGGUUCCCCCAGACCUGAUAAGACCGAGAUGUGACUAUUUGUCCAGCGGCUACGCUUUCUCUCUGGCCUGGGAUAUGCCAGCGGGAAUAUGGACCAGUGUGGAGGUGAAUGUGACUGGGAAAAGCCCUCAGAGGGUGGAGGGAGACUGGUUGAUGAAGGCGGACAUCGAUGGGGUUCAACCUGCCCAGACCUAUCAAGUGUCUUUGGCCUCGAUCUCUGGGCCUCGGAUGAGUACGGCUGUCUCUUUCAGCUGUAAUACAGACCCAAGAGGGGUCAUUGCAGGGUCAGUCAUGGCAGUGCUGCUGCUCUGCCUCCUGGUUUGUCUGGCUUUCUUCAUACGGCGUCGGAAGCCAGAAAUAUUCAGACGGCCCAAGUCGUUGUUUGUGGAAUCCAAACUAACCAGCAAUAAAUUCAAAGCUAUUCCCGUGGGGAAGUUUUCAGACCACUACCACACAAUGAGCGCUGACACGAACAGAGGAUUCAGUGAGGAGUAUGAGGACUUCAUCCCUGUUGGCACAGAGCAGACUCGGAAAGCAGCCCUUCUGGAGGAGAACAAUAACAAGAACCGCUUCACCAAUGUACUGCCAUAUGACUGGUGUCGGGUGAAGCUAACCAUUCUAAACCACAACAUGAGCUCUGACUACAUAAAUGCCAAUUACAUGCCAGGCUACGGUAACAGCAGACAGUACAUCGCUGCACAGGGUCCCCUGCCCACCACCGUCAACGACUUCUGGAGAAUGAUCUGGGAGCAAAGGGUAAAGGGUGUGGUCAUGGUAACCAACUGCACCGAAGGAGGGAGGACUAAAUGUGAGCAGUACUGGCCUUUGGACUACACCCCUUGCCUGUACGGACACCUGUUGGUAACAGUCAGGUCAGAGAAAAGGGAAACCAACUGGACCCUGCGGGAGUUUGUAGUGAAAAGUAGGGACACAUCCGAGGAGCGCCCUGUGAAACACUUCCACUUCACGGCCUGGCCCGACCACGGAGUCCCAGAGGGAACGGAGGCUCUGAUCCAGUUCAGAGGGCUGGUCCGACAGCACAUAGUGAGCCAAGAGAACAGCGGACCCACUGUGGUGCACUGCAGUGCUGGGGUGGGGAGGACGGGCACCAUCAUUGCUCUGGACGUGAUGCUACAACAGCUGGAGAGGGAGAAGGCGGUGGGCAUCGCUGCCUUCGUGCACAAGAUGAGGCUGAGUCGGCCGCUCAUGGUUCAGACAGAGUCGCAGUAUAUUUUCCUGCACCAAUGCAUCAUGGAUUCUCUGGAACCCAAAGAGAAGAUGAUACAAGAGGCCCUUUAUGAGAACUCGGACCUGAUCUACGUCAACGCCACAGCACUGAAGGAGUUCCAAGCUGUCAGUCCAAAGGCCUGAAGAUAAGGCCAUGGAUUGUCUGCUGUGAGUUCAUUUUCUUUCAAUCACUUUGGCACAUUUUUCAGAUGUAAAUGGUAUAUUUUAAAAACUCUCUAAGUACAACAUUCUAAACUGAUAACACUUGUAAUGCCCUUUACUUAAGCAAUAAUGCUCGAGGAGGUGUGCUAUAUGGCCAAUAUACCACGGCUAAGUGCUGUUCUUAGGCAAGACGCAUCGCGGAGUGCCUGGACACAGCCCUUAGCAGUGGUAUAUUGGCCAUAUAUCACAAACCCCCGAGGUGCCUUAUUGCUGUUAUAAACUGGUUACCAACGUAAUUAGAGCAGUAAAAAUACAUGUUUUGUCAUACUUGUAGUAUACGGUCUGAUAUACCAUGGUUGUCAGCCAAUCAGCAUUCAGGGCUCGAACCACCCAGUUUAUAAUACGGUAUUAUUCCAAAUGGUAGCACAUAGUGACUCUUUCCACUUUGUCCUAUUGAAGCACACAGGCUGAUGGAAGAUGAUGAUGAUGAAGUAUUUACAGCCAUAUCCAUGUAUGAUUUGUUUUUACCUUCCAACAUAAAUUCAUGUCAAAUUGAUACAUUUAUGAGAUAAAAAUAUAGAAAUGUAGUGUUCAGCAGUUAUCAAACUAUACAUGUUAACUAGUUCACUGGUUCGAAUCCCUGAACCGACUAGGUGAAAAACCUGUCGAUCUGCCCUUGAAAAUGGCAUUUAACUGUAAUUGCUCCUUAAAGUCACUCUGGAUAAGUGUCUGCUCAAUUACAAAAAUGUAAAUGUAACUAGGCAAUACAUCAUUUUGAUUCAGUAGUUAUUAGUUUUGAACAGUUUGAGUUAAUUGUAUUGUUAACAAAUGACAAAUCAUAUCAAAAGUAAAGUGAAUAUUACAUUUUGAAAAGCAGAUACUUAUACUGAACAAAAAUAUAAAUACAACAUGCAACAAUUCCAAAGAUGUUACCGAGUUACAGUUCAUAUAAGGAAAUCAGUCAAUUGAAACAAAUUCCUCAGGUCCUAAUCUAUGGAUUUCAAAUGACUGGGCAGGGGUGCAGCCAGACCUACCCACUGGGGAGCCAGGCCCAGCCAAUCAGAAUGAGUUUUUCCCCAUAAAAGGGCUUAAUUACAGACAGAAAUACUCCUCAGACCACAUGUAACCACCCCCCUCAGACGAUCCAUCAAGUGAAGUAGCCGGAUGUGGAGGUCCUGGGCUGGCGUGGUUACAAAUGGUCUGCUGUUGUGAGGCCAGUUGGACGUACUGCCAAAUUCUGUAAAACAACGUUAGAGGCUGCUAAUGGUAGAGAAAUUAACAAAUUCUCUGGUAACAGCUCUGGUGGACAUUCCUGCAGUUAGCAUGCCAAUUGCAUAUUACCUGAAACAUCUAUGGCAUUGUGUUGUGACAAAACUGCCCAUUUAAAAGUAGCCUUUUAUUGUCCCCAGCACAAGGUGCACCUGUGUAAUGAUCAUGCUGUUGAAUCAGCUUCUUGAUAUGCCACACCUGUCAGGUGGAUGGAUUAUCUUGGCAAAGGAGAAACGCUCACUAAAAGGGAUGUAAACAAAUUUGUGCACAACAUUUGAGAGAAAUAAGACUUUUGUGAGUAUGGAAAAUGUGUAGGAUUUUUUUUUUUCAGCUCAUAAAACGUGGGACCAACACUUUACAUGUUUAGAUUUUUGUUCAAUGUAGAUUGUGUAUCCAAAUUGAAAGAAUGAUUUGGUACAGUGAACAAGUGACUGGAUUUUUUGUUGUAAUCAGUCAAUUGAAAAUGUUAGAUUUGAAUCAUGAGCCUUUUUGAUGAUCUGUUUUGAGUUGUGAAAAUGUACCACAUGCUUGUGAAAAUUGCCCCAAUGUGAUUGAUUUAAAAAACAAAAAGUUUAAUCUUGCUCAUUUCUUCUGUAUGUUGAGAUUUUUAUUUAAAUAAUAUUCACAUGUACAUAAUGUUUAAGCAUAUAUUGUAUGUAAUCAUUCACCUGCUAUGUUCAGGAGGAUUCAGCACACUUCACAUUCACCUAGGUACUUUUUUAAAUAAUUUAGUUAGAAUACUCAAUGCGGCUUGUGUUUUCAAUAAAUGUCAAUUUUAGCCUAUCAAUUUCUAAAUCGCAAUUCAAAUGAUUCAUGGAGGAUUAGAUGUUUACUUGACAUUUAUUGAAAUGUAUAAAAACAUGUAAAUAGAUAAACCCAAAGUAUUGUCAUUUGGUUUUCAUGUAUCACAAAGCGUGAUAAAAUAAAAUCAUUUUUGUCAA